UUGCUUUCAGAAACAUUCGAUUUGCCAUCACUAUUUAUUAAUGCUGAUCAGUUAUAUUUAAUACGCAAAGUCCCCACAGUUUUAUCCUGUCAACUCAGUCCAGGUUGGAGUGAGUGCAUUGCUGAGGUGUCUGGUGUAAGACUUUCUAAUCGACAAGUCGUAAAAACCACACUGGUCUCUGAUCCGUUAAAACUUCGACGAGCCCGUAUUACGAAGUUCGAUCAGACUACAAACCAUUAUGUGCACGUAACAGAAGGUCAAGUGGCGCGCCUUCCUUGCGCCGGCCUACCCGAUGUAGUUCCUGGUCCCGCUGAGAUAUGUUUCAUAAAAAGUGGAUCGGAUUCUGAUGGAUGUCUGAGCGACAAAAGCCUCCUCGAAGGCUGGCCGUGUCUGGCUAAUGACGUAUCAAAUCGAAGUGUAUCAAUUCAAAGUAUCCGAUUUACUCAGAUAGUUCAGGCUGAUUCGCUUGAAGUGAAAUAUAUCUUAUCGAAAUCAGUACCGUUUUCAGCUGAUUCAAACUAUUUGUCAACUUCCACUGGGAUGCAAAUAUCAGUGGUACAGCCUUACCAUGCGGGUGAGUAUUAUUGCGUAGUGCGGAAUGAAUACACAAAACAGACUCGUAAAAGUCCACGUUAUGUAAAGUUGAGGGUAAGUUCAUACUCUUCUUUCCCCUUACCCUUGAACAUUAUUCUCAGUGUACAGGUUAACCCAGCAGAGAAUGAAACUUCGUUCGGCCUGCCCGCUCCUCCUCAGUUGGUCUUCCCCAGCAAGGAGAACCGUCCUGAUAGUCCCAUUGUCGUAGACGUGGUUACCGGUCAAGACGUCAUACUGGAAUGUGUAUUCGUAAGUGCUAAGGUGAUAUGGAUAAAGCAUGGAGACUCUACACCAGAAAUAUCGUUACUCGAUGAUGAGGACAGACUUCAACAAAUAUGGGGCAACUUGAGGAUUCGACAAGUUAUGCAAGGCGAUUCUGGUAUGUAUUCGUGUCAUGGCCUCUCACCUUUGGACGAAUCAUCGUCAGUACAAGAGGACAAUCACCCAAAGGUGUACUAUUCACUAUUCGUUCAUUCACCGACUGAUGUACGUCUAGAUAUGAAUCAAAAUGUUCGUGAUAAGAGCUGGCAGCUUUCUUGUUUGGCAAAAAAUGUGCAUUACGAAAUUCCGAUGGUUCACGUUGAUGGUGCAGCUCUGAUUGAUGCGAUCAGUCAGAUGGGAACGGCUUCGUCAACAAAUUUCUAUAGUAAUCCUAUCAACGCCACUAUUCGCAUCAAAAGCAACUACAGUGGCAGCGUCCAGUGUAUUUCACGUCCGGCUAUGGAUGAAGCUGAGAUAUAUGGCCCAGGAUUGGAACGAGGUCGAUCGCACAACCUUUAUGUUGUCAACAGUCCAAGCAGAGAUCAUCUCAUCAAACAAGGUCCAGUCAAUGUCACAGCCACCGUUGGAGAUGACGUAGAGUUGACAUGCCUUGUCAUUCAACGUGUCAACUCGAAGUACUGGUUAAAAGAUGGGUCGUAUGUCCCUUUUGGUGCCGUCAGAACGCAACGUGUUGGAUCGAACAGUUUAAAAAUACAUAAAGUAGAGAAGAAGGAUGAAGGAUGGUAUACAUGUGUGGUUGUGGGUGAGGGAUCUGAAAAAAGUGAGCAGCAAGCCUAUCUACGAGUGAAUUUUCAUACCACGACUCCAUCACUCGUGACCACAACGGAAUCGCACUUGCCUAAAAAUAAAGAUGACCGUGUAACUAUGGAAGAUGUUCGUGGUUUUGUAACCGGUCCACAUGUUCGAAUUCAGUGGUCAGUGAUUGGAAAAAUGGAAGCAUUGUCGUCUAUCGCUGGUUUCAAGUGGGUCUUAUCCUUACCAUAUAGAAACCAUUCCUCGCUAUAUAGACCAAAAAUUUGUGGUAUGUAUGGGUACGCACUACGUACAUAUGUAUGUACAAAUGUGCAUAUGUAUGUAUAUAUGUAUGUAUGUAUGUAUGUAUGUAUGUAUGUAUGUAUGUAUGUGUAUGUAUGUAAUGUAUUUAUGUGUGCCUGUCACGGAAUUCGGUAUCACCUUACAAUUUAA